AUGUCGACUCUAUCAUCUCCACGUCCAUCCAUUGCCUCCUCCCGAGCCCAUUCGCCAGGUCCGGCUUCCUCCCGUGCAUCCCUUGAUACCUCGAACGCCAACAUCAGCGGGGGGCUCAGCGCUGCAUCUACCCCAUCCACUGCACGUGCGCUCUCCCCCUCACUCCAUCUACGUCGCAAUCGCAGCGCCCUGCGAGACUACUACAACCUUAAACCGCCCGGCGCAGGCACAUCUGCCUCCCGAGACGGAUCUCGCUCUCGGAGUGUGCCGCGGAACACAGAUGCAGGAGACAUCUCUGACCCAUCCGCUCUAGGGUCAGGCACGGAGCUUGACAGUGCGGACUUCGACCCGCAGCAGUAUGUGGAGCAUCUCUUGUCAAAAUCGUCGCUGGCUACGGUGCUCAAGGCGGAGAACACGUUAGUUGGGGAUAUCCGCACUCUCGACGGAGAGCGGAAGGCGCUGGUCUACGAUAACUACUCAAAGUUGAUUCGCGCGGUAGAGACAAUUGGUAAAAUGCGGCGCAGUAUGGAUGAACGCGGCGCGCCGUUGACUAUGACGAAAACGCUAGGUCCGGCUAUUGCUUUUGUUGCUGAGACUGCUGGUGGCCUCAUUAAGGAAGGCGAGGAGCAGCGACGGCGAAUGAAGGAAGCGAGGCUGGAAGACGGGGCUUCGAGUCAGAAGAGUGAGAAGGAUACUGUUCGGUGGGUGCUUGCUACGCCACAGAGACUAGAGAAGCUUCUGGCAGAGGAUAAACAGGAGGAUGCGGAGAAGGACUGGAAAGAGAUACAGCAUUUACUUGACGCUUGGGGCGCUGUCAAGGGGGUUGCUGAGAUCCGGGAAGCGUGCGAGAAAGUCAUGAACCAGCCAAGCCAAGAUGACUGA